AUGUCAACUACAACCACUGCAGCGUCAGCCUCGGCCAGCUGCGGCAAGGGGCUCUUCAACGCUGGCUGUGGUGCUGCAUUGAACACUGUCGGUCAAGACUGGGUUGCCGAACGUGAACGAGUGCCAGCGCCUCCGCAAGGCUUGUGGCAAUGGACUGUACCCCUCUUCCGUACACCUAAUCAGACUUUCAUUGAGAAAUGUGGUCUUGAUGCUUAUUUCUUCCUGCGCUUCUUGCGCAUGCUGCUAAAGAUAUUCAUCCCCCUCUCGGUCGUCAUUCUUCCUAUACUCUUGCCCAUCAACAAACUCAGUUGCUCGGAUUGUACAGUAGGCCCUGACCAACUGGGUUGGAGAAAUAUUCCCGCUGCCCACUCUCAACGCACAUGGGCUCAUCUUGUCCUGGCUGUUCUCACCAUCUGCUGGGUUUUAUAUGUCAUCGUCACCGAACUCCGUGGCUACAUCCGCAUUCGACAGGCCUACCUCGCUUCUCCACAACACCGCAUUCGCGCUUCGGCUACCACUGUGCUUGUCAGCGGCAUUCCUAGAAAGUGGCUGACUGUCGAUGCACUGAAUGGCUUGUACGAUGUCUUCCCUGGAGGUAUUCGCAACAUCUGGAUCAACAGAAACUUCGACGAUCUUGCCGACAAGGUUUCGGAUCGCGACAAGAUCGCCCGGAACCUCGAAGAAGCAGAGACCAAUCUGAUCCAAAAAUGCGUCAAGAAGCACAAGAAAAUGGAGGCCAAGAAAGCUAAAGAGCAAGGAAAAACAAAAACUAAGGAAGAAAAGGAACAAGAUAGGGCUAGAGCUGAUGAACAAGCCGAGCGUAUCGCCCAAGGCAAUGGUGUCAGUUCUGGAGACCCUCAUCAGGUGCCGCACAAUCUGCAGGAGGUUCUUGAAGAGAUCGAGGAAGACGAGCACAGACAUGACAAACACAGAAGCUCGUCUCCUGAACGCUUGCGAGACAGGCUUGGUCAGGGAUUCGGUGCUGUUGGUCAUGGAUUUGGUGCAAUCGGUAACUUCGGUCGCAAGGUGGUCGGCGAAGUUGCUGACGAUGUCAACCGUGUCAUUCGCAACGUUAAUGAUUCGGUAGAUCAGGCCAACAACAUGACAGGCUUCUACGCAGACAUUGAUGAUAUUAACAAGCCUGCCCCUGCCGAAAGACUUGCAUUUGAUGCAUCGGUACCGGCACCUGGGCCCGCACCUGCUCCAGCGCCCAUGUCUGCUCCCAUACCUUCUGCUGCUCGAGUAUCUCUUGAUCCUCCGGAAGUCGAAAGAGAGAGUCACCGAUCCGAAAGCAACAAGUUCGAGCCUGCAGUCCCAACCGGGCUCAGAAGACCCGAGGACGUUGCAGUCCUAGAUCGUGUCGAACCUCCAGAAACCAGUCGUUCCGAUCAGAGCGAGCCUUCCUCAACAAAUACUCAGACUAAGAGCCAGGAGACAUGGACAGUCAGUCCAAAGUCUGGCAUCAGAGGAUCAACCACGUCUGACGAGGACAAAGCCACUAAGCCCAGAGGUGCGCCUAGAAGAGCGUGGGAUGCCUUGAUAAAACAGGUGCAGGCAACUCCCUUGCCUAUUCCAAGCCCUCAACCUCACGCCGUGGAAGAAGACGAAUAUCCUCUGCAUACUAUCGGACAGCCUCAGAACCCCGACCUCAACAAGAACGCCGCCCAAGGAGUUUCAAAGAGCAAAUGGGCUAACAAAUUCGGUUGGAUUAUGUUCUGGAAGAAAAAUGAUAAUGAAGAGAAGCCUGUCUAUCCAGAAGCUUUCAACCAGGAGCUUGCCGACGCUGAGGAAACUGAGGCCCUGUGGACGCUCUAUAUCGAUCCCAAGGAUCGUGAUACUCUUCGUGAACCGAUAUUCAACCUGUCGUGGUGGCCUCGCUUACCUCUGAUGGGUAAAAAGAUUGACAAGAUCUAUUAUCUUCGCAAAGAGCUUGCCCGGCUGAAUGUCGAAAUCGAAGAGGAUCAGCAAGAUGUGGAACGAUUCCCCUUCAUGAACUCAGCUUUCAUUCAGUUCAACCACCAAGUUGCCGCUCAUAUGGCUUGUCAGUCCGUCAGUCACCACAUGCCGCAACACAUGACACCUCGCCUGGUAGAAAUCUCGCCUACUGAUGUCUUGUGGGACAACAUGUCUAUGAAAUGGUGGGAGCGCUAUCUGCGGAGCGGCAUCAUCUUCGCUGCUGUAGUUGGUAUGCUGUUCCUCUGGGCGCCUGUGGUUGUUGUAUCUGGGUUCCUGUCAACCCUCAACACCCUGGAGACUAUCUCGUGGUUGUCAUGGAUUCGCAAGCUACCACCCAAAGCUGUAGACUUGGUCCAGGGUGUUCUGCCUCCAAUCUUCCUGAGUAUUGUACUUGCGUUGGUUCCUAUCAUACUUCGACUUUUGGUCAAGCAGUCAGGAGUUGCUACAGGUAAUGGCAGAGAAAUGGGUGUUCAGAUCUACUAUUUCGCAUUUCUGUUCAUCCAGGUCUUCCUCAUUGUGACCUUGUCAUCUGGAUUACCCGCGUUCUUCAAGGAGGUUGCGACUGAGACUUCGAAGAUUCCACAGACUCUCGCGUCAAACUUGCCAAGAGCCUCAAACUACUUCUUCUCUUAUCUGACUGUCCAGGCCCUCAACAACAGCGCAGGUGCACUGCUACAGGUUGCUGGUUUGUUGCAGUGGUUUCUGUGGGCUCCCAUCGUAGACACUACAGCCCGCCAGAAGUGGAAGAGGCAGACCAGUCUGAACAUAGUGAAGUGGGGAUCGUUCUUUCCCCCAUUCACAAAUUUCGCAGUCAUUGGCAUCAUCUUUUCGAUCAUCGCACCUCUGAUCAUGGUGUUCAAUCUCGUUGUAUUCUGCGUUUAUUGGAUCACACAGCGAUACAAUACGCUCUACGUCUACCAAUACCGUCAUGACACAGGAGGUCUACUGUUUCCCAGAGCCAUCAACCAAUUGUUUGUUGGGCUUUAUGUCAUGGAGAUCGCUAUGAUUGGUCUAUUCUUUGCUUUCCCGGGAAAAGACAAGUGUACAGCCCAGGCCAUAAUCAUGAUUGUCAUGCUUGUGGGCACCGCCAUCUUCCAAUGGGUUCUGAAUGAUGCAUUUGCACCAUUGUUCCGAUACUUGCCAAUCACACUGGAAGACGAUGCUGUCAUUCGCGACGAAGAGUUCGCUCGUGCUCAACGUCUCAAAUGGGAGAGUUUGGCUGACCAAGAAGGAGAGCACGAGCGACUACAGAACGAUCUCGAAACCACAAUGGAAGAACGCGAGAGAAAAGAAGCCGAAGAAGAGGAGAGGGCACUUGCCGAGGAGCGUAGAAUGAUUCAUGAGCACAGACGUACCAGCACUCGCAUGUCAAGCUAUGGUUCUGGUGUUCACUCUGAGCGUCCUACACCCGCUAUUAUGGACACUAAGCCUGCGAAUAAUAACAGCGGUGACCGCUGGAGAAAAGUCAAGCAGGUCAGUGAACCUGUUCGCCACUUGCGCAGGAUUGCACGACCACACGCGCAUGGUUUCGACGGCAUUAGACCCACUGCCACAGACGUGGACCCUCAGACCGCCAAGGUAGACAUGGAGGCCCAGAGGCAGGUUGGUGAUGUGCUCUUUGGUGGUUUCAGCGACGAACUGGAAGACUUGACGCCUGAAGAGCGCGACACACUUAUCCGCUAUUCAUUCCAACACUCUGCGCUCCGCGCCCGUAGGCCAGUCGUUUGGAUUCCGCGUGACAAUCUUGGAAUAUCGGACGACGAGAUCGAGAGAACCAAGCGCAUGAGCACUGUCGAUGAUAUACACCCAGAGACUGAGAAGAGGACUCCGAAGGCCAAUAUCUGGAUCAGCAAUGAAGGAACUGCGCUGAACGCAAAAGGCAAGGUUGUAUUUAGGAAAAGCCCGCCUGAUUUUGCUAAUGUAGAUCUUAUUGCUCUCUAG